UGAGUGUGUUGGCAUUCAAGUUGCUUACAAAACUCACAACUAAAAAUCUACAGCUGGGCAGCUGUUCAGAACUACAAAAUGUUGAAAGCUGGAAAACUUUUUGGGAGCUUGAUUGGAUCCGCGGGCGGCCGCAUCGCCUUGCGGGAAGUGCACCUGAAACGCCGUGAGGUCUAUUUGCAAUGCUUUCGCAUCCUGGGCGUCUGCGAGGGCGCGGAUCAGAACACCGUGCGUCAGGCGUAUUUGGAUUUGGUGAAACGCGUCCAUCCGGACUCUGGAUGCGACGAGGCCAGUGCUGAACGCUUCCAACAGGUGGACGAGGCCUUUAAGCUGCUGCAGGAGAAGUUCGCGAAGGGUCGCCGCAACAUCCAGGAGGACGAGGAGCAAGCCAUGGAGUUUGACAUCAAGCACACGGCCCCACAGCACCGACAGUAUCUUUCCAACGAGGGCAUUGGCGUGGGCACCCCCUUUCAGCGCCAGAAACAGUACCAGCAGGUGCGCGCCAUGAAGGCCCAAGAGCGUGUCCUCGAGCAUCGCAUCGACAAGGCGGCCGCCGGCGACAGCGACCUCAUAUCCAAGGAGGGAAACCAUUUUCAGAAGCACGCCAUCAAAACCAAAUACGGCAUUGAUCGUGUGGUGGAGGAUCUCAUCCAGGAGGCCAUGUCCAAGGGCGACUUUAACAAUCUCAACGGCUCUGGCAAGCCCCUGUCCUCCGCCCAGUCGCAGAAUCCCUACCUGGACUUUACCACCCACAAACUGAACAAGAUAAUGCUCGACAAUGGCUUCACACCGGAAUGGAUCACCCUCGGCAAGGAAAUACGCGAUGCACGGAUGCAGCUAUUGAAGACAGUGCGCAAGGAGCGCGUCUACUACGGCGAUUGGCCGCUACAGAAUGCCGAAGAGCAGGCCGCCUGGCUAAGGUUCACACAAGACCACGAGGAGGAGGUCCAGGAGCUGAACAAGAUGAUUGAUAAGUACAAUCUGAUUGUGCCCAUACUCAAGAAUCAGUUCUUUCGCUAUCGCCUGGACCGCGUGGCCGCCAUGGUGUUUAAGGAGCCGGACUUAAAACGUAAUCAGAAGCGUCCUGCAGUCCAAUACAAAGCGAAGGAUGAGCAGUCGGAAAACACUUUCAAAAGCAAUAUUUUCGACCUGAUUACCCGUCUUUUGUGAUUGAU